AUGCUCCAGCGGGUUUUUGUCCGCCAGAAGUCGUCGUUCUCGGCCACGAUCCGGCUGCCCCAAACGAAGUUCCCAGGGCGCACCGAUCUACACGCGGUGCAGACUCAGCUGCUGCCGCAGGUCACCACGGAACUGUACGACUGGAACAACCGUCGCGAGGUGAAAAGUAUACAAGAGCUAUUUAUUUUGCACGACGGCCCGCCGUACGCCAAUGGCGAUCUGCACAUUGGCCAUGCUCUGAACAAAAUUCUGAAGGAUAUAAUUGUACGAUUCGAGCUUAUGAACGGCAAGAAAGUGCACUAUCGUCCCGGCUGGGACUGCCACGGCCUGCCGAUUGAAUUGAAGGCACUGGAACAGAUCGCGCAGCACAAGAAUAUGCGCAAGAAGGAAAUCAAGCGACUGCUAAAGACGGGUCCGAAUGCAGCGCUCGAGGCCGAGCUGUCAGCGCUCGGCAACAAGUUGAAACCGCUGGAAAUCAUUGAGCUGUGCAAACAGCAUGCCCUGUUGACCCAGCGGUCCCAAUCGGCCCAAUUCCAACGCAUGGGCAUUAUGGGAGACUUUGGAAAUCCAUACAGAACGCUGGACAAGGAUUUUGUUGCGCGGCAGCUGCGCGUAUUCAAGCGGCUGUUUGACAACAAUCUCAUCAAAAGACAGGAAAAGCCGGUUUACUGGGGGUGUGAGAACGCCACAGCACUGGCAGAGGGAGAGCUCGAGUACAAUCCGGCGCACCGCUCGACUGCAGUGUAUGUUAAGUUCCCGCUGGAGCACCCGCCAGCGGAAUUUGGCCCCGAACCCGUGUACGCUCUCAUAUGGACGUCGACGCCGUGGACGUUGGCCGCAAACCGCGCAAUCUCCGUCAACGAGAACAUGGACUACACCAUAGUGGAAUCAAGGGACGAGCGGCUGAUUGUGGCGCAGAAACUGGUCGACUCGCUAAGAGCGGUCGAUCCAGAAUUACGUGAGACGUACAUUCAAAUUCCCGGCUCACAGCUGCUCAGCUGCAGCUAUCGAAAUCCACUGUUUGCCGGCAGCAGCCAGGACACAAGUCUUCCUAUCCUGCACGGCGAGCACGUGACAGACUCUGCCGGUACUGGUUUAGUGCACACGGCCCCCGGCCACGGACAGGAAGACUAUUUUGUGUGUCUAAGGCACAACAUUCAGCCGUACUCACCCGUCAACGAGUACGGUAAGUACACGAGCGAGCUGCCGGACAACGAUUUACAGGAGUUUGUUGGUUUGCGUGUUCUUGGCGAAGGUACGCAGAAAAUGGUCGCUAAACUAGAAGAGCUACGGCUCUGCUACCAUCUGGACCCGAACUACAUCCAUUCGUAUCCGUACGACUGGCGUUCGAAAAAACCAAUCAUCAUCCGCUCGACGCCGCAAUGGUUCAUCGACGUGGGCAAGAUCAAGGCUGUCACCACUGAGCUGCUCGAGAAAAACGUACAGUUCUUCCCGAAGCGCGGCUCGAACCGGCUGGUCUCGUUCAUCAACCUGCGAAACGAGUGGUGCAUUUCCAGGCAGCGCAGCUGGGGUGUUCCGAUUCCCGUCGUAUACCACAAGCGGACAGGCGAGCCACUAAUCAACGACCUAGUGAUUGAGCGUAUUUCCCAGGUCAUUGCCACAGAGGACGUUGAGAGCUGGUUUGGCGAGUCGUCGAUGGCUAAAUGGAUCCCGGCCGAGUGCGAUGUGAACCCAACCGACUACGUUCGCGGCACAGAUACGAUGGACGUGUGGUUCGACUCCGGCUCUAGCUGGACUCUGGUGGAGCAGUUUUUGGAGUCCACAGGGUUGCUUCCGCAGGCUGUGGCUCGUGGAUAUCUGGCAGACGUGUAUCUGGAGGGCUCUGAUCAGCACCGGGGCUGGUUCCAAUCGAGUGUGCUGACCAAGAUCGGUGCAAGGGCGCCUGGCGAGCCUGCAGUGCUACCGUACGGGAAAAUUAUCACGCACGGGUUCACGCUGGACGAAAAAGGAGACAAAAUGUCCAAGUCGCUUGGAAAUACUAUUGUUCCGGUCGAUAUUGUUGAAGGAAACAAGGCGAAGAAAGUACCUGGUUUGGGAAUUGACGGACUGCGUCUCUGGGUGGCCCAGGCCGACUACACGUCGGAUAUCGCUGUGGGGCCGGUGAUUUUAAACAGGGUGGCCGACGUGGUGAAGAAAUUGCGUUUCACGUUCCGAUUCCUGCUUGGAAACAUUGGCGACAUGGAGCAGACAGUCGAUUAUGCCCAGAUGGACACCAUGGACAGAUACAUUCUGUCCAGGCUGGCGUCGUUCGAGAGGACAGCUCGCCAGUGCUACGAGGCGCACAAUUACUCGAAAAUUAUCAAGGACAUGAAUCAGCUGGUCAACGUGGAUCUUUCUGCGCUGUACUUUGACAUUCGCAAGGAUACUUUGUACACGGACUUUGCAGACAGUUUGAAAAGACGCAGCACACAGACGGUGUUUGUGGAGGUGCUGAAGGUGCUGACGAGCGUGCUGGCUCCUGUAAUGCCGAUUAUGGCGCAAGAGGCAUGGAACCACUCGCCAGAAGUGGUUACUGGUGGGCUGCAGUCGUCUUUUGUGCGUGGAUGGUACGAAGUUCCGCAACAGUACCUUAAUGCGGAGCUGGAGGCCGAGAUGGAGCAGCUGUUAAAAUUCAAUCACCAGAUCAAGACCGCAAUAGACAAGACGCUGCGCAGCACAGACACCAUGAAAAUGGCCUCUGAGACAGAAAUCUACGUGAAUGUUGCUCCUGAGACUUCUUUGGGUACUCUUGUGUCUAAGUAUGAGUCUCAAAUGACUGAGUACUUGAUGGUGUCUAAAUUCCACCUCAACUCAGAACGUACAAAGGAUGUCUUGCUAGAGGCUACAGACGGCGAGGUUUCUAUCGCAGUCGCUAAAACAGACUUAGAAAAAUGCCCUCGUUGCUGGCGGUACGCUGCGGAGGGUCCUGCCGAGUUGUGCAAAAGGUGCUCGGAGGUGGUAGCAUGUACAUAG